AUGUUAACCUCAAGCUUCCUCCCCGGAGUUCUGACCUUUUUGGUGUACAUCUUGACCAUCAAUGCCGCCGUGCUUCAACGACGUGCAUUCACAUUGAAGAGUUACCCCGACUUCCAGAUAUCGACCGGUACCGCUGGAAAGGCUCAAGCAGCAGCAAAUGCGGUAUUUGUAGAUCCAUUCAAGGGCGUCAAUCUCGCGACUGCGAGUAGUACAGAUUUGGCCAAUGUAAACACCAUGGCCAAAGCAGCUGUUGAUGCAGAAGAAGACUUCAAUAGUGCCAUUGCGAAAAUCAUUAUAUAUACUGAAGAGGCAAAACAAAAACCUUUCAAGGCUACGUCGGAUAGUGCAACUAAAGCUGCAUUGAAUGCUGGUAAAACUGUUAAUAAAGUCUUGAAACUCACUGGUGAGGUCCAAGUUUUAAACAUUCAAGCUGCUCAAGGAAAGAACGUUGCAGCAAAAUUAAAAACCGAACAAGCCAAGUUAACUGAAAAUUUAAAGAAGGAUGCUGCUCAAGUUGGAGUCAAAAUGCAAUCCUUUUUAGAUUGA